AUGUCUGCCGCUUUCGAGAAGGCCGUUGCCGAUUCCAAGAAGCUUACUUCCAAGCCUUCCAACGAUGACCUCCUCGAGAUCUAUGCUCUCUACAAGGUCGCUACCGGCGCCGACUUCUCCAAGGCUGACAAGCCUGGCAUGUUCGACCUGAAGGGCAAGGCCAAGUACAACGCCUGGUCGAAGAUUGUCGACGAGGCCCUCACGGCCGAGGAGGCCCAGACCAAGUACGUCGCCAAGGUCGAGGAGAUGAAGACCACGUACGGCUACGACGAGAACAAGGCCCCCGAGGCUGUUGGCUCCAACUAA